AUGCCUGAACAAGACCCACUGCCCCCACAGAAUGCGGGUAAAAAGUCUAAAAAAUCCAAGAAGAAAGGAGCCAUGAACCCUGCUCUGCUUACUCCAGAGUAUAUCGCCCAACAGAGAGCCUUGAAGCUUGAAGAGAAGAAUAAGAAACGAGACUUAUUGACCAAACUGGGAAUUGAUCCAGUGUCCACAAUUGAAAAACCAUAUUUGAAGUUUAUCAAAAGAAAAAUGCUUCAAGUUGCUGUGCCAAGUGAUGAAAGGCUUAACAUUAGCAUUAUGACUUAUAAUAUGUUGGCUCAAGCUUUAAUCAGAAGAAAGCUAUUCCCCACCAGUGGUGAUGCCCUUAAAUGGGGUAACCGAUCCGUGGUGUUACUUAAUGAGUUGAAGUAUUACAAUUGUGAUAUCAUGUGUCUCCAAGAAGUUGAUUAUAUCCAAUUCAACUCUUUCUGGAACGAUGAGCUAGGAAAACUUGGCUACGAUUCUCAAUUCUACAGGGAAGGGACUAAGAAUCAUGGAGUAGUGGUGUUUUGGAGGAAAGCGCUAUUCAACUGCAUUAAAGUUAGCCAUAUAAAUCAUGAUCAGGAGAAAACAUCAGAUAUAGCACCUAGAACUGUUGCACAGAAUGUGGGUGUCUUAGUAGCUCUUGAGUUUUCAGAGAAAAUAAAACAAAAGUUUCCCUUCAGCAACAGAAAAGGGAUACUGAUCGGGACAACACAUCUGUUCUGGCAUCCAUUUGGCACAUAUGAAAGAACACGCCAAACGUAUUUAAUCCUGAAAAAAAUGAAAGAGUUCCAUAUGUCGUUAACAGGGUCAGAAAAGGAGGAUAAAAUGAACGACGAGUGGUUUACUCUGUUCGCAGGAGAUCUUAACUCUCAGCCAUUCGAUGCCCCCUACCUUUCGAUGACCUCAAAACCAGUUCUGUACUCGGGGAGAGCUAAAACGGUCUUAGAAUGCUCAACAUCUUUCCAGUAUUCUAAAAAGAGAAAUGGCGAGUCGACUGAAGAUGAAGAUGGGGGAAAUAUUGAGAAAUUUGGCCCAGAACAACCACAAACUCCUGUUCCAGACCAAUUUAGUCCUACAGAUGAGCAAAAAGAACUAGUCAAAAAAAUACAGGUAUUACAUAACUCUUUACCAGUUAUUGCGACUUCUUUAUAUAGUGCUGCGUACGCAAAAAUUCACUCAGAAAAUGCGGGCAAGGACAAUGAUAGAAACGAGCCACUAAUUUCUAACUGGGCUCAUGCUUGGAGAGGAUUGUUGGAUUAUAUUUUGGUUAUUCAGGAUUGGGGGUUUGGGGAUAGAACGGCCCCGAUCGAUAAUGUCCAACUAUUCCAGCAAACUGGAAUAGCAAUUAAUUCUCUUUUGAGAAUGCCUCUCCCCGCAGAAUUAGGGAACGAAGGGUUUCCUAAGGCAGGAAUGUUUGGGAGUGACCACCUUUGUAUGGCUGCUAAUGUAGGUCUAGCGAUGUAA